AUGAAUCGCGUAGCCUUGAACUGGGGUGCUACGGAUCUUGCAGCCCUGGUGGCUCUGCUCAUUGUGAUGCGUGUGCUAUACAGAAAGUACGCAACGGCAAUCAGAGACGUGCCAGGUCCAUUUUGGGCGUCAUUCUCCAGUUUGUGGCGCGUGUAUCGUACGUGCAAGGGUCGUCUGGAGCGUGACAUCUUCGAUUUACACCGCAAACAUGGCUAUUUUGUUCGGAUUGCAGACAACGACGUGAGCAUAUCUCACCCCGAUGCGGUGAAACAGCUCCUCCAAGCCAACCUGGAAAAGGGUUCAUUCUAUUCUAUUUUCAGUCUCCCCGACUAUCGCUUCGUUAAUCAGAUGUCGGAGCUGAAUCCCGUCCGCCACAUUCAGAAGAGACGCAGUCUGGCGGCAGGGUUUUCUCUCUCCAACAUCACAAAGGCCGAGCCGUACAUAGACAGCGUGCUGAGUCUUUUAAAAAAACAGUUUGACGGGCUCAGCAAGACUGGAGCCCCUGUCGAAUUCCAGAACUGGUUCAGCUACUAUGCUUUUGAUGUGCUCGGCGAGGUCACCUUUUCCAAGUCAUUUGGCUUUGUUGAAUCAGGCACUGAUAUCCGAAAUGCAAUCGCAAACACGGGGGCACUGGUCUACUACAUUGCCGUAAUGGGCCAUUACAUCUGGUUCCACAACCUCACUCUCGGCAAUCCCCUCUUCAGCUGGCUUGGCCUCCAGCCAAACUCCCACAUUUUCGAUACGUGUCUGAUGGCAGUGGACAAUCGGAAGAAGAAUCCCGAGGUUCGCCAUGACAUGAUGCAGCGGUGGCUCGACACUCGGGCAAGCUACCCAGAUCGCCUAUCUGAGCGGGACGUCUUUGCCGCCGCCGUCGCCAACAUCGGAGCUGGGGCUGAGACUGUCAGUACAGCCGCGCAAACCGUCAUAUACGAGCUACUUCGAAAUCCAUCACUUCUCAAGCGAGCGCAGAGUGAAAUUGAUGAAGCCCAAUCUCGAGGAGAGCUCUCGUCGUUGAUUCAAUACAGUGAGGCAUCAAGAUUGCCUUUUCUGCAGGCCUGCCUGAAAGAGGCAUAUCGGACGCAUCCCGGUGUUUCUCAUAACCUUCCCCGUGUGUCACCAAAAGGUGGACUGACCAUUGCUGGACGAUAUUUCCCUGAAGGCGUGGUCCUGAGUGUCAACACAUGGGUUAUACACCAUGAUCGCGAAAUCUUCGGACCCGAUGCCGACGUCUACAAUCCGGACCGAUGGCUCACCGGGGACACCAAAAUGAUGGACUCGUUCUUGAUUCAUUGGGGCGCGGGGUACAACAAAUGCCCUGGGCAUAACCUUGCCCAGUUUGAACUUCUGAAGGUUCUCGCAACGGUGUUGAGAGACUAUGAAGUUGAACUACUGAAUCCACACACCGAGUGGAAAUUUGAAACCCGUUUUCUUGCUGUUCCUUACGGAUGGCCGUGCAGAAUUCGUCGUCGCCAGGUGGCGAGCCAGCUCACUCCACAUGUGCAGACUCUUUAA